AUGGGGUCUAAACAACCCCAAGAAGAACCAAAAGAGAAUGAAACCAAUGAAGAGAGUCCAAGGCGUGGUAAACUUCAAAGAAAAGCCACUUCACUUGGAUCUGAUUUUGCAACAUUCCUUCUUGAAAGUGAGUCUCAAACAUUCAAGAAAGCAAUGUUGUCUAGCGACAAUCUAUUGGAAAGAGGGUGUCAAAAGUUUAAGAAGAAGGUGCCUACUUGCGCUGUCGUCGUUGCUCGCUCGGCGUCGGCUUCAUCUUUGGAUUCAGAUUCUGCUUCGGUUUGGAAUUUGGUUGAAUGUGCAGCUUCUGAAGAUGGAAGAACUAAAAGCAUUUGGGAUACUUUUGUUGAUGCUGAUUUGUUCUCUUUAAUCACUUGGGAUUGUGAUUGUGGACAUGGAGGCGCUACUGCAGAUGUAUCGUGUGAGGCAUAUCAUAAAAUACAAGAUGGAAAAGGCCCUGUUAAUCCCAAGGGAUUGCAGUAUUACAAUAAUCUCAUUGAUGAGAUUGAAUUCAACCACAUGUUACUCUAUGUCACAGUGAUCUGCCACAAGUACUUGAAGACAAAUAUGCAGAUGGAUGAGUCAAAAGAUAAUGUCGAUGACUUCACUGCCUAUGUGGAUGUGUGCUUCAAGGAAUUUGGUGAUAGAGUUUUGCAUUGGAAUGCCUUUUUGAAUGAGGUUAAUGUAUUCACUCUAGGAGGUUAUGAUAAUGGAAUGAGCCCUCCAAAUCAUUGUUCCCGUCCCUUCGGAAUGAGACCCUAUGUACCACUGCCCGAAAUAUGGUCCUCGCCCUUCAGAAUGGACGUAUCUGUCUACAUUGUGUACCAGUGCCAGAAUAAUGUUAGACCAGUAAUUAAGGAUAACUAUGUUAAGCAGUAUGAUUUCUGGUUUGAACUAGAUCAUACUCAAUCUAGUAAAUUUAUCUCACAACUCUCAUCUCUUGCAUAUGCUCCGAGUAUCCCACCACAUUAUCCAGCACUCUAG